AUGCGAUAUCAACGCGCUGUACUUUUACGCGAAUUGAAGAAGGAAGUGAAACGAUUUUGCGCGGUUCCACUUGGGCAAUUCCUCGCUAAACGGAUACGUCUUAUCGUGGGUCAUCUUUCGAUCGAAGAGGUAUCCCCUUCGGCGGAGAUAUUCGCGGAGGAGGCUGUCAGGUGGAAGGUGGAGUCACAGAUGACGAAUCUCGGUAGAGGUAGAGGUAGAGGCAGAGGUAGAGGCAGAGGUAGAGGCAGAGGUAGAGGCAGAGGUAGAGGCAGAGGUAGAGGCAGAGGUAGAGGCAGAGGUAGAGGCAGAGGUAGAGGCAGAGGCAGAGGCAGAGGCAGAGGCAGAGGCAGAGGCAGAGGUAGAGGUAGAGGUAGAGGUAGAGGUAGAGGUAGAUAG